AUUACAGAUAUAAACGAGACUGUGUCUGAAAAGCCUUAAAACUACAAAUACCGACAUGCACUGGGUAUGCCCGCUGCGUUUGUCGCUUAGGUCACUUCCUCAAUAUCCCAGCUGCGCUUCCGGAAAGAAAACUACAGCGAAAAUGGCGUUGGCCAGUUUUUUGCCUGCUCCAACACAGUUAUCACAGGAUCAACUAGAGGCAGAAGAAAAGCUGAGAGCACAGAAAUCUCGUCAGACAGCUCUAGUAGCAUCGCGGCGUGAGCCACCUCCCUAUGGCCACAGGAAAGGAUGGAUUCCCAGAUCCCUUGAGGAUUUUGGGGAUGGAGGUGCUUUUCCAGAGAUACAUGUGGCACAAUACCCACUGGACAUGGGCCGCAAAAAGAAAAUGUCCAAUGCCUUGGCUGUGCAGGUGGAUGCAGAAGGCAAGAUAAAAUAUGAUUCUAUCGCUCGCCAGGGACAAUCCAAGGAUAAGGUUGUUUUCAGCAAGUACACAGACCUGUUACCUAAAGAGGUGAUGGAUGAAGAUGAUCCUGAACUACAAAGACCUGAUGAGGAAGCUAUUAAAGAGCUCACAGAGAAGACAAGACAGGCUCUGGAAAAAUCAGUUUCCCAGAAGAUUGCUGCAGCGAUGCCUGUACGAGCUGCAGAUAAACUGGCCCCCGCACAGUAUAUCAGGUACACACCCUCUCAACAGGGAGUGGCUUUUAACUCUGGUGCCAAGCAGAGGGUGAUUCGGAUGGUAGAGAUGCAAAAGGACCCCAUGGAGCCACCUCGAUUCAAAAGUAACAAGAAAAUUCCACAUGGACCUCCAUCUCCACCUGCACCAGUAAUGCAGUCCCCAAGCAGAAAGAUGACUGUCAAGGAACAGCAAGAGUGGAGAAUUCCCCCAUGUAUUUCUAACUGGAAGAAUGCCAAGGGUUAUACCAUCCCGUUAGACAAACGUUUGGCUGCUGAUGGCCGCGGGCUACAGACUGUCCAUAUCAAUGAGAACUUUGCUAAACUUGCAGAAGCAUUGUACAUUGCUGACAGAAAGGCUCGUGAAGCUGUGGAGAUGAGAGCCCAGGUGGAGCGUAAGAUGGCACAGAAGGAGAAAGAGAAAAAAGAGGAAAAACUUAGGGAAUUGGCACAGAUCGCAAGAGAACGCAGAGCUGGGAUCAAGUCCCAUACAGACAAAGAGGAUGGAGAAGCCAGAGAGAGGGAGGAAAUCCGACACGAGAGACGCAAAGAUCGGCAACAUGAACGGAACCUCUCUAGAGCAGCCCCAGACAAGAGGUCCAAACUUCAAAGGAAUGAAGAAAGGGAUAUCAGUGAACAGAUCGCGCUUGGAAUUCCUAAUCAGAGAGCAUCCAGUGAAAUCCAGUAUGACCAGCGACUUUUCAACCAAAGCCGGGGUAUGGACAGUGGCUUUGCAGGUGGAGAGGAUGAGGUAUAUAAUGUGUAUGACCAGCCAUGGUUAGGCAACAAAAAACUGGCUCAGAACAUCUACCGUCCGAGUAAGAAUACAGACAAUGAUGUUUAUGGUGACGACCUGGAUACAUUAGUGAAAACCAACAGGUUUGUUCCUGACAAGGACUUUUCUGGUGCAGAUCGCAGGCAGCGCCAUGAAGGGCCUGUGCAAUUUGAAGAGGAUCCUUUUGGUUUGGACAAGUUCUUGGAGGAGGCUAAACAGCAUGGAGGGUCUAAGCGUCCCUCUGACAGUGGUCGGGCUAAAGAUCAUGACCAUGAUAUGAAGAAGCGCAGGAAGGAGUGAAGUGGCACAAUUGUGCAUUCAUGUGACUGUUAAUGACUAGGUUCAGGAGUUAGGAAGACCAUAUGUACAUAUUUUUUAUUUUAUUUUUUAUUUUCGCAGUCCAGUCAAAUCUACUGCUGCAGGUAACUUGCACACUGUAACUAUUAUCAUAGUUAACCUGCGUUUUUACAGCCCAAUUAUGUCACUACUGCUGGUCCUUGCCAGGUUGCAGGAUAUUAUCUAUGGUCAAAUUAAGACUCUUCUAGGAAUCCAGUAGGCAUAUUUUUCCUGGCUCAUUUAGAAACAACCUGCUGAUAUUCUUGUUGGAUUAUAAACACAUUCAGAUAUUAAAACGUUAAUUAAAAAUGAUUCAAGUAGUAGUUUUGAUACGUUAUUUCUUCAGCUUUUUUUAACAUUGACUUUGAAUUAAAAAAAAAAAAAAGUGAAGCAGUGAAUAUAGUGAGCUGUAAUAUUCUUACAUCAGAUAAAUAUGCAGUAUUUUAGGUCUAUCUGGACAUUUUCUUUUUAUAUCCCCUACCAGUUUUGGGCAGAACAGCCUAAUAACGCAUUGACAAAGUUAGUUUCCCACUAAAGCAGGGUUGGGAAGGUGGUGUAAAAAAUACAAAUUUAUAUUUUUGUAGAUGACUAUUGGGUCUGUUGGGAUUAAUGUUGUCUGCAGCCAAAGAAGGACUUUUGCCCACACAUCCUUUGAUUAAUUUCUACAGUUACAAUUUAGAGGGAAAAAGAAAAUGACUCUAAUUUGCCAUUAUAUAACUGUUAAGCAACUGUGCUUGGGAAUUUUAGGAUAACAUCUUCACACCUUUACAUCUUUAAUUCAGAAUGGUAUUCUCCACAUAGAAGCAAAAUCCCUUUUUGGUUUUCAGUCUUUGUACAAAAAACCCUAGAGCCAUGCAAAGAAUGUUUUUACGUUGUGUUUAUUGACAUUUUAAUCCACCAUACAAUAAAAUUCCUUGUUCAGCUCUC